AUGGAUCAGCUGGGCCGUGUCCCCUCUGUCCCCAGGGGUUUACAGACAAACCGACCCCACCACGGGGGGACCCUGGCGUCCUGCACCCCCCAGUGUCACACGGAGCAGGCCACCCUCCUGGGGAGUGUUCGGGGACCGAGGGCAGCCACGCACGGGCAGAACCGGGGGGAUCAGCCCUGUGCAGGUGGUGAGACAGAGGAGGAGAUCCUGCGUGUGGACAUGCUGGAGAACCAGAUCAUGGAUUUCCGCAUGAGCCUUGUCAUGGUCUGCUACAACCCUGACUUUGAGAAGCUCAAGCCGGGCUACCUGGAGCAGCUCCCGGGGAAGCUGAAGCUCUUCUCCAACUUCCUGGGGGACAGAAAGUGGUUUGCAGGGGAGAAGCUGACCUUCGUGGACUUCCUCAUGUUCGACGUGCUGGAUCAGAACCGCAUCUUUGAGCCCAAGUGCCUGGAGCCCUUCAAGAACCUCAAGGACUUUGUGGAGCGCUUUGGGGCUCUGGAGAAGGUGGCUGCCUACUUGAAGUCCAGCCGUUUCCAGAAGAUGCCCAUCAACAACAAGAUGGCCAAGUGGGGCAACAAGAAGGUGUAGGAGCUCAGCACGGGGCUCAGAGGGUGGGGGGAGUCCUCACCCAGCCCCUCCAGCACCCUCCACCCUUGCGGGGGGACAGCAGCGCCAGCAUGAUGCCCCCCAGGGCAAUAAAUCAUUUUUAGAUGUGGCA